AUGGAGGAUCAAGCUGGCAGUAUUAGAAUGUCAUGUCGAUUAAUUAAUCCAACAUGUAUUUAUCCAUAUCAAGAAAAACGAAUAAAAAUUUCUACACAAAGGUCGUCUGGACGACUACUAUUUUCUCCUGCUUAUCAUCUUAUUUAUAAAAAAGGUUUAAUUAGUCCAUACUCAUCAAUUUCAGUUAUGAAUCAUGUGGCGUGGAUUUCAAUUUAUAAUCCAACUUCUAAAGUAUGUUAUUUAAAACAAAAUAUUAUUGUCGGUGUUGCUAUUAGUCCUCACAUUACUAGUGCAGUUAUAACUACAACUCAAGUAAAAGCAAAAACUAAUCCACAUAAAUUAGUUGAUCUUAAUGCUACUUCUGCUACAACAUCAUCAACAGAUGAUCAACCACAGAAAGUGGUUGGUCAUGCGUUUGAUGUUUUCAUUAUUAGUAAAGCUCAAAAAGGUGAUAAAUUAUAUCAAGAAAAAGUUCUGGAACUCAAAAGAGGUCAAACCAAUUGUUCUUAUAUACUUAAUGAUGGAAUUUUAUACAAAUUAUUUAAGCAUAAUACAUUUAUACAAAAAUUGAUUUAUACACCCUCUACAAUUUUGCCCGAAUUAUUAAAGGCUUAUCAUGUUGUAUCAUGGACUGGUCAUUCUGGUUUUCGUAGAACUUAUUUUAAAUUGAAACAUAAAUACUGGUGCCCAGAUAUGAAAACAACUAUUAAGAGUUAUAUUCAAUCUUGUUCAAAACGUCAGGAUUUUAAUGUUAGUCGUCAUCAAACUGAUUUAAUAUCAGAAAAGCCUAAGGCUAUUUAUACAUUUGACAAGUCAAAUGAUUAUUUUCCAUAUUUUACAAGAACCUUAUCUAAUUGGUAUCAAAAUUCACAAACUAAUAUAGAUCAAAGGCAAACUUAUAAUCGAAUAUUUGAUCGCAAUCGUGUUAAUAUGUAUUGCAAUGUUGGUACUCAAGAAUUAAAACGACUUUCCCACUCUUCUUCAAAACCAUCUCCUAUUUAUUCACGUUCAAUGAGAAUUAUUAAACAACAAUUUCCAACACAAUAG